CACUUACUCAAUAAAAUCCUAUGGGUAGGAAAAGAACCUUUUUGUUGACAUAACGUCCUGAUACAUUUCAUCUUCCUUUCGUCUUACUAAGGAGGUUUGUUUGGAUUGACUUGCAUUGUUAUUGUUGUGCAUAGUGAAUCAGCAGGGCUUUCUAUAGUUGAAGUCCCGAAACUCAUGUGUAAAUUAAGCUUAUUUUUUUUUAAAGGUUGUUUUUCUAAUAUCUCUGCAUUCAUGUAUCGUUUACUCUUUCUUCUAUUCCUAUGUCUCUUGUUUGUAGCAACAGGAGCCGAAAGCUCGCACACGAAUAAUUGGGCAGUACUAAUAUCUACAUCGCGAUUUUGGUUUAAUUAUAGACAUGCAGCUAAUGUUUUGGGUAUUUAUCGUUCCGUGAAACGGCUGGGGAUUCCAGACAGCCAGAUUAUUCUCAUGGUUGCAGAUGAUUAUGCCUGCAAUUCUCGAAACCUUUUUCCGGGAACCGUUUUCGAUAAUGCUGAUCGUGAUAUGGACUUGUACGGAGAAGAUAUAGAAAUAGAUUACAAGGGUUACGAGGUGACUGUGGAGGCAUUUGUUCGAUUAUUAACUGAACGUGUAUCUGAAAAUACACCAGCUAGCAAACGAUUGCUAACAAAUGAGCAUUCUAAUAUUUUGGUUUACAUGACAGGACAUGGAGGAGACGGAUUUAUCAAAUUUCAAGAUGCAGAUGAGCUCAGCUCCGAAGAUUUUGCUGAUGCCCUGGAGCAGAUGCACCAACAUAAGCGAUAUAAUGAAAUUCUGUUUAUGGUCGAUACUUGCCAGGCGAACUCUUUGUAUAAGAAGAUUUACUCGCCAAAUAUUGUAGCAAUUGGCAGCAGUGAAAUUGGCACUUCUUCUUAUUCCCAUCAUGCAGACUCAGACAUUGGCGUGGCAGUGAUUGACCGCUUUACAUUUUCAAAUUUAGAGUUUUUGGAAAAUCGUGUGGAUAUCAAAAGUAAAUUGACCAUUCAAGAUCUUAUUGACUCUUACGAUCCGAAAGAAAUUCGAUCUACGCCUGGUGUCCAAUCCACAUAUACGCAAAAAGGCUUGGACGAAAUUUUGAUUACAGACUUCUUUGGCAAUGUUCGUGAUAUAGAACUUCAUAGUGAGCCUACAAAAUGGAUUCUACCUGAUGAACAAAAUGAUACAUUUCCUAACUAUUCAGAUUCAUCCUUCGUUAGCCACUCCCCUUCUGGUCUGACGAAACCCAUGAAUAGGAAAAACAAAGGGAAGAGUGUUCCUUUACGUUUACAUUAUUGCACCUUUUCAGAGUUCUGUUCUGCAACUUUCUUUUUAUUUAUUUUAAUACUCCCUUUCUGCUUGCAAUUUGCUUUUAAAAUGAGGCGAUGAAGCAAAUAUAUCCAUAAGUAUCAUGCACUUUUUAGUUUAUCAUAGAUGGUAUAUAAACAUUAUUAAUUUAAAAAAUGUUUGAAUGUUACACUAAAUUUUGAAAAGGAUUUUGAUAAACUAGAAGAGGAAAAAGGAAAAAUAAUAGGAGUCAUAUACAUAAUAUAUACAACAUAAUGUUAACGACA